GCCGGCCAGAGCGUAGGCAUAGGGCGCGCGCGUAUUGUUACGUCAUGAAAUAUUUAUGGUGCGCACAAUAAUUGGAAUUAUGACGGCAAAAACAUGACUCGACUCUCGACACCGUGAAUCUUGACUUGACGCCUUUUUGUCCGCUGUGGCGCAAUGGACGACCGGGGAAGGUUACGUAAAUCGUUAACAUUACAACGUUGACUACCAAAUCGAACGGAUCUAAGUGGAACACAGGAUUUCAUUGGAAUAUGGCCGCCUUGUUGGACGAAAGAGAAAGCCGCGACGUGAAUGGAGAGUUAGAGCUGCCAGACAAAUUCCCCCCCGAGCCUCAGAACGGUGCGACGGAGUACAAGCUUCACUUGGUGGAGCCUAGCGACGCUCGCGUGGAGCACCUGACGACGCAGAUGAAAUGGCGGGUGGAGGAGGGAGGAGGAGAGGCCGUCUACAGGCUGGGAGUGAAGGACAGUGGAGAGAUCCUUGGUCUGGAGCCCCAGGCACUGGAGAAAUCACUGCAGACCAUGACCAGAAUGGCUGACAAGAUUGGUGCCAGUGUGAAAGUGGUGAGAAGGUACAGGUGUAAGGGUGGAGGGAGAGAAGUGGUUGAGGUGGUCGUACAAGAAGGUGGAGGGUCUUCACAGUGUGCCCACUACCUGGAGCCUUGUGUGGCAGUGUUGGGACCUGUGGAAGCUGGCAAGAGCACUCUGCUGGGGGUCCUGAUAGACGGGCAGCUGGACAACGGGAGAGGUCAGGCGAGACUCAACCUCCUGCGACACCGACACGAACUGGUCUCCGGUCGCACCUCAUCAAUCAGCCGUGGUUUUCUCGGCUUCACAAAGGCAGGGGAAGUGGUCAACUACGAAAAGUGUGGCAGUAUUCAGGAGAUCUGUGAGGCAAGCGCCAAGCUGGUGACCCUCAUUGACCUCGCCGGCCACCGCAAGUAUCUCAAAACCACUGUCUUCGGUCUCACAGCCUACGAGCCUCAGCUAGCAAUGCUAGUUGUCGGAACUGACACUCAAAUCGGUAAGUUGGUAAAAACAUUUUGCACUGUUAUUCUAAUCACAACAACAUACGAGCCAACCUGUGAUCAGGUGUGUUUCUCCAUUGCUCUGGGCAUGCCGCUGUUUGUAGUUGUAACAAAAGUGGACAAGUCAAGCCAGGAGCAAGUCACACAGACCACCGAUGCCAUAUUCACUAAUCUCCUGUCAGAGAAAGGGAAAGUGCCAUUUCCAGUGCAUUCAACUACAGAUGUCGAUGUAGCUGUUAAGAACUUCAUGGAGGGAAGAGUGACUCCAGUGUUCUGCAUCUCGUGUGUGACCGGCCAGAACCUCUCCCUGCUCCAGAGAUUCCUCUGUUUUAUCCCCACGGAAACCAAACCACUAUCACACAAACUGCUGAGUCAGCAGCCUGCCGAGUUUCACGUCGAUGAGCUGUUCAACGUGGAGGGGGUGGGGCUUGUUCUGGGUGGGAUUCUGAAGAGGGGUGUGGUCCAGGAGGGGGAGCGUCUUCUGAUUGGUCCAAAUGCCAGGGGCGAGUUCUCCAGCACGAUGGUUAAGUCUAUUCGCUACAGAAUCAACCGAGCUCCGUGCACCCAGAUUAUAGCUGGACAGGCAGCCACCAUUACUGUAUCAUGGGGUGGACAGAUGCUCCGUGAGGAAGGAGAGAAUAGCUUUGGAACAGUUCUAUUAUCGGAGGCAGCUCUAGAUGAAGCGGCUCACAGUUGUUCAGAAUUUGAGGUCGAGCUGCAGCUGCUGGAGGCCUCGGGCUCCUCUGGUCUCCGAAGAGGGUUUCAGGCCACGGUGUAUGUCGCCUCCAUCAUGCAGAAUGCUGUCAUUGACAACAUUCAUGACCGGGAGUGCCUGUCGAAGGGAGGAGACAAGGCCAGUGUCCGAUGUCGAUUCCUCCACCAUCCUGAGUUCCUGAGGGUAGGCAAUCGCCUGGUGAUGAGAGAAGGCCCAACCAAGGCAACCGGUGAAGUCUCCAAACUCCUGCCACUCAAGCAUACCACACCCACCACUUCUCAUAAACGUUACUCCAAUUAGAGCCUCCUCCACUAUGUAGCACCAUCUUUACGUUAUUUUCAUAUAACACUAUUUUUAUAAUUCUCAUUUAUCAAACCCACUACAGCCUGGAGCAUAGAGCAGGCAGAUGAGUUUUAGAUCUAUAAUGGUAUAAUUGGUGAGCAAACACAAGUGUGACGAUUUAAUAAUUUAGGGUAUGGCAACAGCUAAAUUAUGCCAUUUGGUUGCUCACAAAUUAUGACAGUAGAUAACUAAGCCAGUGAACUAAACUAUAGUGACACAAAAUAGCACGUGGUCCAGAGACUGUGUCAGAGAGGUCUGGAGACUCUGAUGUCAGUGGAGUUAGCAAGGUCAGUUCGAGAUGGGUAGAGGACCAGCAGCUGCCCUGCCUCGUCAACCACCCUCACCUGCUCAACCCUCACCCCUCCACUCAUCACACUGGCCACACCCACAACCAGGGAGUCCAUGGCGACCUUGGCAGCCAGGAGACUUUCCGAUGAUGUAACUUCUACCAGAAGAUCCGUCGUUGAUUCUGAUACCUUGGUGUUGUGAGAGUUGGUGAGAGGAGGUAGGGAAAUGACGGAGCCUGAGCUGUCCUGUAGAUACACCAUCUCCCCACUGUCAACAUAUUGCAGGUACUUGAAGAGAGAGGCUGCAGUUGUGUCCACUCCUUUUGCCUUCCUCCCUCCACUCCCCGGCUUGUUGGCCUCCACGUGAUCCAGAAACUGCUGAACUUUCACUUCUUCACUCCAUCCCAGGGGUGUCAUGGCAACAUCGGUUGCCGGGGCAACACGGUAUGAGACGGGAGGAGUGACUUUGGCCAGGUCAUGAGUGGCGAUGGUUGCCGAGCGACGUCUCUUACAAACAGUGUCAUGGAGCUUAGUCUGAAGACUGAUAAACUCUCUCAUGGAGUCCUCUGUUGCCAGGGCAACACCCCUCAUCACAGUACACACCAGGUAGGGUCGGACCUUCCUCGCAUUGCCAGUAGCAACGACCUCUAACCCCUUCCCCUGCUGAGGUCUCACCACUGCCACCUCGGGAAGCUGGAGAGAAAACUCCACGUCUUCCUCCUCACCGUCCGACUGAACCGCUGCCUUAGUCUUCCCCUUCUUCUUCCCAACUGGAGCUGGGCCUGGACCCCGACUGGCCAAGUAGUCCAGAACAGCCUUAGGUUUGUGUGUUCCGUGCUGCGCCACUAGUUUCAGAAGUCGUCGGUCCUUCAGAGGAUUUCCUUCCAGUCGCACCGUCUUCAACUUGGAGCAGGCUGCCAGCUCGUGCGGCAGACUCUUCAGCUGGUUCUCCUGAGCCUCCAAGACUCGGAGUCCCACCAGAGACUGGACGAGGGCGGGGCUGAGAGAGGAGAGAGAGUUGUGAGCCACACGCAGCUCUGCCAGCUGGGUCGUCAUGGAGAGGAAUGAGGGGAGGGAAGUCAGCUUGUUCCCUGUCACAUCCAGCUGGUGGAGCUGAGGCAGAACCUCUCCCGCCAUGUCCUCCGGGAACGAGGAGUCAGUUAGACAGUUGUUGGCGAUGAUGAGCGUCUGGAGGGCAGGGAGGAGGAAGAGGGAGGUGGGCAGAGAUGACAGUUUGUUCCGAGACACAUCCAGUAGUUUGAGCCUCGGGAGACAACCUAUUUCAUCGGGCAACGAAUCCAGACCGUUCUCCACGAGGCCUAGCUGGAGUAGAGCCGUGAGGCCGCCCACACGAGAGAGCCUAGCCACUCCGGCGAAGCCACUCAGCUGCAGAUUGUUAAGACUCGUCACUGCAAACAUCGACGUGUCCUCACCACCCUCUAUGGCCUGCACCACUUUCUCCGUCACGGCAUCUUUUCGCAGAACCAACUCCCGCUUCCCACUGCUCGCUGCCUCCGCGAACAAACCUCGUUCUUCCUUCUUCGAUUUCUUCAUCACAGACACGUGGG